GUGACUGUCGCUACCUUUGACAAAUAGCAAUAUUGUGUCAAACUGUGUUUCUUAAAUAUUUUCCAGUACGUUUCAAGACUGCUGGUGAUUUUUUGAUAAUACUGCAAAAAUGUCUUCCAACAAAAUUUGCGACAUAGAAGACGACGUGAAGGAUGCUCUUAAAAAGUUUCGUUUCCGUAAAAGUCAAACGAAUGCAGCUCUUAUACUGAAAGUCGACAGAGAAAAGCAAAAGAUAUGCAUCGACGAACAGAUCGAGGAUAUCCAGAUGGAUGCAGUUCAAGAUCUUAUACCUGCCCAUCAGCCAAGAUAUAUUGUUUAUAGCUACAAAAUGGAACACGCCGAUGGUCGCGUCUCCUUUCCUAUGUGUUUCAUCUUCUAUACUCCCAGAGAUAUUCAAAUGGAAUUGCAAGUUCUCUAUGCAGGAAUGAAACUUGUACUGCAAAGAGAAGCCGAGCUCACAAAAGUAUUUGAAGUGCGCGAGCUGGAGGAAUUGACCGAAGAUUGGCUUAAAGAAAAAUUAAGUAGAUAGAAAAAGUCGUUAUUGAUGUUUUCUAGACUUCUGCACUGUCAUUUUUACUGCAUUUGUACAAAUAGCAACAUCGCGUUCUCUUUGGUAUAAUGUUGAUUAAAUCGAGAAGCAAUCUCGUUAAUUGAAUGCAUGAUGCGAAUUGUUAAAUGCUAUUAUUGAUUAUAGCUUUAAAUAUAUUUAUACAUAGGUAUUCAGAUUAUGGUGAUAGUUGGAUUCAUACGAGUAGAAUCUCUUCAUUUUUUUAUACUAUUCCAUUUAUUCUGUUUUCAUUAUUUUAUUAGAAAACUUGUUUACAAAUAAGAUUUAAACUUUUUUGAAGGGAUUUGUUCAAUCAUUUUGAUUACGAUUUUUUAAAUUUUUCUAGUUUGCAAUUAUAUGUCAAGUAGAAACUUAUCUGUGAUUAUAUACACACAGAUUUAUGAGAAUUCUUGUGAAAAUUCUAAGAUGAUUUUGAAAAUCAUUCAAACUCCAAUCACUUUGAGACUGCAGAAAAGAGGAAUUUGAUACAUUUUCAAGUUUUUUUUGUUGUAAUCUUCUGGCAAUCGUUCAAUGUUGACUUUCGAGGGUAUAUUUCACUGUGAAUUUAUUGAUGUAUUAAGAAAUACGAUAUUUAUCUAUUAUUGAUUAUAGAGCGACGAAAAGAUAUUGUUAUAAGCAGAUUUAUUAGAUUGAAUUUAUACUCUUUUGUGUCUCUUUUGCUAGUCAGUAAUCAGUGUAGACCACGUAAACAAAAAGACAGGGAAAUAUUUUAUAGAUGCUGUAAUAUUGAAGUAUGUUGCUUAUUGAUUUUUAUCGUGAUGCAAUAAAAAUUUGUAUUUCUUUGCUAA